AUGAGUGUUGUCGUCGAAUGCAGAUUGCCACGUCAGAUGGGGAAAACGUUGGAUUCUCAUCGUUGUGGUCUGCGCGGAGCGUCGGUGGAAUUCGCAUGCAGUCCUCAGAUUGAAAAUGCUGCGGUUCAGGUGGAAAUUGCUCAGCCGACUAACGACAAAAGUGAUGUAACGCUAGAGGAAGGUUCUUCUGAGCAAGGCACUGGUUCUAAAGUUGAAGCAUAUCGAAAGCAAGUUGAGGAGUUGACUGCUCGUUUGGAAAAGGCAACAACGGGAACCGAACAGGAGACGCUGUUGAGGUUGGAAAUUGCUGACUUUGAGCGCACUGUCAAAAAUCUGCAGGGCGAAGUCGCUGCGUUGAGUGAAGCGAAAGCGACGAAGGAACGAAUAUGCGAACAGUUGCUGAAAGAGAAAGAAGCGGUCGAGAGUAGUCAGGUUGAAUCAUCGCGUCUGUUGUCUGCUUUGAAGACUCAAGUUGCUGAACUGCGACAGAAUUUACAGAGCGUCGAACUGAAGCUGCAAGAUGCGUUAUCAGUCGAAGCAUCCACUCGAGAGAAGCUUUCCUCGGUUGAAGAGCAGUUCGAAAUCUUUAAAUGUAACUCAGCGAAAGACCUCGCAUCGUAUCAUCACCGGCUGGAAGCAUCCGAGAAGAUGGUGUCUGAUCUGAAGUCAAAAUUGCAUGAGGAAAAAGGCGCACAUGAUCUGGCUCAGACAAAAUUAGACGAGGAGCGGCAGGAAUUUGAGUCUUAUAAAGUGAAAGUGCUGACAGUUCUGAAACAACAGCGCGCAGCGAGCAACAGAAACGAUGAGCUCGAUGAUUUGGAAGAAAAAUCCUGUUUGGAGAAGACAGUUGCCUCGCUUCAGGAAGAACUCCAGAAGCUAAGACAUGCUCAAGAACUGAACGAAAGUAAGGUUCAGCGACUGGCAGAUUCAGAGGCCAGGUUAAAAGAAAACAACAAACUUUUGCAGUUGAACAGUCUGUCGAUGGAACAGAACCUUCGCAGCAAGCUUGAAAGUCUUGCCCAAGAGGUGCUGUCCCGCAAAAGAGAAGGAGACGCGAAAGUAGAACAGGUGUUGGAAAAAGCGGAAGACGAUAAAAGGCAGUUAGAAGUAGGAAAUGUUUAUAUUUUCUGCUGGCUUUUGCUUGUCUUGUUUCUGAAAGUGCGAAAUAAGUCAUAUUUGUUGGAGAGCAGUCGUCUUUCUGGCCUUUUUACUACUGUCAAUUGUAUGGAGGGCAGAUGCAACUAUGGAACUCCACAGCCAAUGUUGACAGCUACCGCGAGGCCUUCCAUCAAAUGUCAUUGCUCUUAGCC